AUGCCGAACUCGAAAGAGUCUAAAAGAGCUGAAAAAGUAUCAUCCGACCUUUCCGCCAAUCCCUCUUCGGAGGAAGCGAAUGGGGCUAAAGCGGAUGACAGCAAGGGAAAGAAGUCGGAGCCCACAUCCUCGCUAUCCUCAGUCUCUCCUAAUCCCGCUGAGAGGGUUCCUCCUCAAGGCAUUGUUAAUGCGAUCCAUUCUCAAAUAGAGGAUCAUCCUGAGCUUCGAGAUAUGGACGCGAACAAGAUCCAAGAAAUGCUCGGGAAACUGCGGCUUAAAGACAUGCUCAACAGUAGAAGCGGUCUGGGUGGCAAGAGUAGGAAGGAUAUUAGUGAGCAUAAAUUUUGGAAAACGCAGCCUGUACCGCAGCCUGGCGAUGCUAUCUCUGAUGACGGGCCAAUUGAAUUGCCGAAAUCACUAGAGGAGAUCAAACAGGAACCCGAUCCUCUACCUAAGGACUUUGAGUGGUCUAUGUUGGAUAUUUCAGAUGCCGUUCAAUCACGGGAAGUAUACGAACUGCUGUCACAAAACUACGUAGAGGAUACCGAGGCAGCCUUCCGUUUCCAAUACUCUGCCGAAUUCCUUCAAUGGGCCCUCAUGCCUCCAGGAUAUCAUAAAGAAUGGCAUGUUGGUGUUAGAGUGCGAUCAUCGAAGAAGUUAGUGGCAUUCAUAUCGGGUGUCCCAAUUACCCUCGUAGUUCGAAACAAGGAGGUGCGCAUGAGCGAGAUCAAUUAUCUUUGUGUUCACAAGAAACUGCGCUCAAAGCGUCUCGCGCCUGUGUUGAUCAAGGAAGUAACCCGGCAGUGCCACCUUAAGGGUAUCUUUCAGGCGAUCUAUACCGCUGGCGUCGUCUUGCCUACCCCGGUGUCCACUUGUAGAUAUUUUCACAGGUCCCUCAACAUCCCGAAACUCGUCGAUACACAUUUUACGACAGUUCCUCGCAACAUGACUGUAGCUCGUAUGAUUGCUCGUAACAAGCUUCCCCCAUCUGAGCUUACAAGCCGGGGACUCCGUGAGAUGCAGAUUAAAGACAUUGGUCAGGUAGCUUCUCUAUGGCAGAAAUACAUGGAGAGGUUCAAGCUGUAUCCUCGUUACCCCAUUGAAGAACUGAGGCAUAAUAUCCUCAGCGGUGCAGGACGUGGCGAACCCGUUGACGGGCGAAGACGGGGACAAGUUGUCUGGAGUUAUGUAGUGGAGGAACCGAGAACUCAUCAGAUCACAGAUUUCUUCUCCUUCUACUCCUUACCCUCUACCGUGAUGCGCAGCUCAAAACACGCGCUUCUCGAGGCUGCAUACCUAUACUACUAUGCCAGUAGUGCAGCUUUUGAAGGGAGUGCGGAUCGAGAUCACCUCCGUCCACGCUUACAGCAACUCAUUGGCGAAGCAUUGAUUAUUGCUCAGAAGGCUGGAUUUGACGUCUUCAAUGCUCUUACUCUCAUGGACAAUGCAUUGUUCCUCGAAGACUUGAAGUUUGGCCCCGGAGAUGGGUACCUGAACUACUAUCUAUAUAACUAUCGUACUCUUCCUUUCGAGGGUCAUCGGGCAUUGUCCAGCGAUGAAGGCGGCGGGGUGGGAGUAGGGAGAGGUAUCGGUGUGGUUAUGUUAUGA